AACAAAAUGCACGUGAUUUCUUCGCACGCAAAGGAAAGAGGGAAAGAGGGAGAUCAAGAGAUGGAGAGAGAGAGAAAUAGCAAGCGAGAGAGAGAAAGAGAGAGAGAGAGAGGGAGAGAGAGAGAGAGAGAGAGAGAGAGAGAGAGAGAGAGAGAGAGAGAGAGAGAGAGAGAGAGAGAGAGAGAGAGAGAGAGAGAGAGAGAGAGAGAGAGAGAGAGAGAGAGAGUGAGAGAGAGAGAGAGAAAGAGGGAGAGAGUGAGAGAGAGAGGGGGAGAGAGAGAGAGAGAAAGAGGGAGGAGAGAGAGAGAGAGAGAGAGGGAAAGAGAUAGAGAGAGAGAGAGAGAGAGAGAGAGAGAGAGAGAGAGAGAGAGAGAGAGAGAGAGAGAGCGACAGAGAAAGAGAAGGCGGAUAGAGAGACGAGUACCCCUUGCACCUUGCAAGCACCUAACACGGCAGCGAUCAUCGACCUUUGCUUAAAAAACCGGACACGCCUUGCCA